GUCACUCAUCAGCACGGUUAGUAUAGCUAGCCACCAUGAAGGUAGAGCGCGAUCUCCACAUGAGCCGGGGCGACGGCGAGGACAGCUACGCCUCCAACUCAAGGCUUCAGGAGAAGUCCAUACUGAAGACGAGGCCGGUGCUGCACAAGGCCGUGGCGGCGGCGCACGCCUUGUCGCUCUCCUCAGGAGGACCCGGCGGCGGCGCCAUGGUCGUCGCGGACCUCGGCUGCUCGUCGGGGCCCAACACACUGCUCGUCGUCUCGGAGGUGCUAGCAGCGGUGGCGAUGGUGGCCGGCGGCAGCGCCCAACCGCAGCACGUGCAGUUCUUCCUGAACGACCUCCCCGGGAACGACUUUAACCUCGUCUUCCGGUCGCUGGACCUGUUGAAGAACAAGAAGCUGGCCGCCAAGGACAGGCGGGAGGAGUCGCUGCUACCGCCGUACUACGUGGCCGGGCUGCCGGGCUCCUUCUACACCCGGCUGUUCCCGGACCACUGCGUCCACCUCUUCCACUCCUCCUACUGCCUCAUGUGGCGCUCCAAGGUCCCCGACGAGCUCGCCGGUGGCGCGGUCCUCAACGAGGGCCACAUGUACAUCUGGGAAACCACGCCGCAGGCGGUGGUGGCCCUGUACAGGAGGCAGUUCCAGGAGGACAUGUCGCUGUUCCUCAGGCUUUGCCACAGGGAGCUCGUGCCCGGUGGCCACAUGGUGCUGGCGUUCCUGGGCAGGAAGAAGAGCAAGGACGUGCUUCGUGGCGAGGUCAGCUACACGUGGGGGCUCCUCGCGCAGGCUCUCCAGUCCCUCGUCAAACAGGGCCGUGUGAAGAAGGAUAAGCUGGACUCCUUCAACCUGCCGUUCUACGCACCUUCGAUGGACGAGGUGAGGGACGUGAUCACGCGGAGCCAGGCGUUCGACAUCACCCACAUCCAGCUCUUCGAGUCCAACUGGGAUCCACACGACGACGACGACGUGGAGAUGAAGAUGGAAGAAGACGUCGCCGCCGUCCAGAGCGGCGUCAACGUCGCCAGGUCCAUCAGGGCCGUGAUCGGGCCCCUCAUCGCCCGCCACUUUGGCGAGCACAUACUCGACGAUCUCUUCGAGCUGCAUGCCAAAAAUGUCGCAGUGCACCUGCAGAAAGUGAAGACCAAGUACCCUGUCAUCGUCGUUUCCCUCCAGGCGAAAUGAGCCGCGCGCCAAAUAAAGGACCAAGCUAGCUGAUGCAAAAUCUGGCGUCAAGUUAGCUAUUAGUACCGCUACUAUUAUAUGCAUGCAGAAUAAUUAGUCAAACAAUCAGAAAAAUAAAGUGCCUCAGAGACUGUUAGUGGCAGAUCCAAUGUUUCGUUAAUUAUAUGUAGUGUAAUGGUAAUGGUAAUGGUAAUGGUAGACAUCAGGUUUCAUCGUCC